AUGGAGGCUCCUGAACCUAGAAACUCUAAUGUGAAGGCUCUUGAACCUAGAAACUCUAAUGUGAAGGCUCCUGAACCCAGAAACUCUAAUAUGAAGGCUCCUGAACCAAGAAUCUCUAAUGUGAAGGCUCCUGAACCCAGAAACUCUAAUAUGAAGGCUCCUGAACCAAGAAUCUCUAAUGUGAAGGCUCCUGAACCCAGAAACUCUAAUAUGAAGGCUCCUGAACCAAGAAUCUCUAAUGUGAAGACUCCUGAACCUAGAAACUCUGAUGUGAAGGAAACUGAAUCCAGAAACUCUAAUGUGAAGGCUCCUGAACCAAAAAACUAA